AGAAUACAAGUCCAAAACAGAUUCUUAACCUAAACUCCAGUAUUUCCUUGCUUGUGUCCACAGACACACAGUCAGACAAACAGCGCCCUAACAUUAAGAGUCUGCCUCUGCCUCUGCGUCAAGAAGACAUGCUCUCCAUCUGUGUCCAGUGCGCGGAUUAGACGCUUAUUAUCCUCUUAGCUCUAAAUGGCCCCACGUUCCUUGCACUUCCAGCUCAUCUGCUGUCUAAGAAGCGGACUGGGGCGUGACACAGGAGCGAUCCUCAUUCGUGAAAUGACCGUGGCCACCAUUCAGCCGCGUUCGGAGAUCGAGAAUUACGCGUGAAUCGUCGCUUCAUCCCUUUGUUUCCAUCGGGGCGCGUGUCUGGGACCAGUGGAUGGCUGCGCGUCAGUUUAUGUUUUCACCCCACUGAUCUUUUGCAGACUGUAAUCUUCUCAGUGUCAAACCGAAGCUGCCUUUUCUUCUGGAGCGCAUCCCGUGCGUCUUUGGAUCCAAAAUUUGAAUUUAGGAGAGCGCUUUUAUUAGAGAAAACUUUUCCAGUAAAAAGAUUCAUUUGUUGAUGAAGUGAUUUGUCCAUUUAAAUUUGUUUUUAACAUGGAAAUCUGACUGAUUUGACUUGGGAAGACAAGAAAUGGAUCCUACAAGCAAAGAGAAAUGUCUUUUUUAUUUACUUUUUGUUGCACUUUUAACAUCCACCCUGUGUUUUGGUGCAAGAAGAUCAAGUGCUCGGAGAUCUGAUCGCCUGAGUCCUCCAUUAGACAUCCAGCUAGAGACGGUCAACUGUUCUGCCUUCAGUGUUCGAUGGAAGAUGCCGCGAAGACACGUCAGCACCAUCACUGGAUACAAGGUUUUUUACACCGAGCUGAAGAACAGUCGUCCGAUUGCUACAACUUCCAUGAUGGAUGUGCCGCUCAGCUUGGAAAUGCUAACAACUGGCCAAUUUGAUGGACAAGCAAGCUUUGAAGUGGAAAUUGGUAACCUAAAAGUGAACACCAAGUACAGAGUCAGCGUUGGAGCAUAUGGCUGGGCAGGGGAGGGCAGGCCGAGCAUGCCCAGAGAUGUCGGCACUGCUUCACAUGAAAUGUGCAUGCCCCCUUCACCCCCGACUCAGCCUGUUGUCAUGGCUGUGUCGGAUACAGAGCUAGCGUUGUCGUGGCAGCAAGGAGAGACUGAGGGAAGUGCGCCUGUUCUUCACUUCCUGGUGGCUUACAUCAGGCCGGAAAUGGACACAGAGUGGACGUACAUUCGGGAGCCCAUUGAGACCAACUCCAUGGUUUUAAAAGGCCUGAUCCCAGAAACAGAGUACCAGUUUGUUGUCAGAGCUGUGAACGUGCAUGGAGUCAGCCCACCGAGUCAUAUCAACAAUCCUGUGCGCACGCUCGGUUCAUCAGAUGCUGGCAGUGGAGAUAUUGGGCGUUAUUUCACCGAUUCUAGAUUCAAAGAUGAAGAUGGACUCGACGUAGAUGACUCUGAUUAUGACAUCUUCAUUGAAGAGCUAAAGCCAUUUCCAGGAAUUGGACAAGACAAUUCCAAGUCUCCGCUCCGUUCACACCCCGGUCCAUCAUCUGGUCAAAAUGUUGUUUAUCGAAUGAACACUGGAGCUUUACCAAAUGUCACUGACGGAGCAGCGUCCACCACAGCAUCCGUCUUCCCAGACUUUACGGAUCUGCUUUUCUCAGUCACUACAGAGCCCCCCCAACCCACAACUAUCAUCCCUCUGUCCACUGACAGCUUCCCCCUGUCCACCACCUCUGGCACCACAACCUUCUCCCCCUGGCAAGGUGAGGUACCCCGCGUGUACGACCUGACCUGUGAUGAUACCGUGUGUCCGCCUGACAGCUUCUGUCUUGGUGACUAUGACAGCGGCGGCUCCCGCUGCCACUGUAACCUUGGCCGGGGCGGAGACACUUGCUCCGAGGCGAUUACAGUAAACUUUCCCAGGUUCUACGGAUACUCUCACAUGACCUUUGAACCCUUGAAGAACUCUUAUCAGACUUUUCAGAUCACUUUGGAGUUCAAGGCAAACUCUGAAGAUGGAUUGCUGCUGUACUGUGGAGAGAACGAGCACGGCCGUGGAGACUUUGCUUCUGUGGCUUUGGUCCGCGGCAAAAUUCACUACAGGUUCAACUGUGGCACCGGAGCGGCUCAGAUAGUCAGCGAGAGUCAAGUCGUUCUGGGUCGGUGGCAUACUGUCACUGUUUUUAGAGAUGGCAUGAGUGGAUGGCUUCGUCUGGACAAUGACACCCCCAUAUCAGGGCGCUCACAGGGUCAGUACACUAAGAUUACUUUCCGCUCGCAGUUGUAUUUGGGUGGAUCUCCGAGUACUUACUGGCUGGUUAGAGCGACAGGUACAAAUCGGGGAUUUGAGGGCUGCGUUCAGAGUCUGACCAUCAACAACAAGGUUGUAGACAUCAGGCCGUGGCCUCUCGGCAAAGCUCUAAGCGGGGCUGAUAUAGGUGAGUGCAGUGACAGUGUGUGCAGCCAGGUCAGCUGCGCAAACGGCGGCGUCUGCUUUGCAAACCGUGCUGAUGGCUACAUCUGCCUCUGUCCGCUCGGCUUCAGGGGACUUCUUUGUGAGGAAAGUUUAUUGCUGUCCUCCCCACUCUUCAAUGAAACUGUAUUUUCCUACGCUGUGAUCCCGUGGCCUCAGCGCCCCCAGAACUAUCUUUCCUUCAUGGAGUUUGAGGUGACAUUUUGGCCGUCCACUCCUGACGGGGUGCUGUUGUACAGUGAUGACGCGGCGAGCGGAGACUUCCUGGCUAUCAACGUCGUCGACAAAUAUGUGGAGUUCAGAUUUGACUGUGGCUCUGGGGAAGCUGUUAUCAGGAGUGAUGAGCAGAUCAGUCUGGACUCGUGGCACGAGCUGAGAGUGUCUCGCACAGCAAAGAGCGGCAUUCUUCAAGUGGACAGCCAGAGGCCGGUGGAGGGAAUAUCUGAGGGAGCUUUCACUCAGAUCAACUGCAGCUCUCCUCUCUAUAUCGGUGGAGUGCCACAUUACGACAAAACUAAAAGGACAGCAAAAGUACUAAAACCUUUCACUGGAAUUAUUCAGAAGCUCAUUCUCAAUGACCGGACCAUCUCCAUCACAGCGAGGACCGCUGGUGGUGUGAACGUCAUCAAUUCUGCACAUCCGUGCGUGGACAGCCCCUGUGCCAACGGAGGGACCUGCAGGCCGAAGUGGGACGGAUAUGAGUGUGACUGCCCUCUAGGGUACGACGGGCGGCAAUGCCAGAAAGAAUGUGGGAAUUACUGUUUGAACACUGUGACUGAAGCCAUAGAGAUCCCACAGUUCAUUGGCAGAAGUUAUUUGACCUACGACAACAGAGAUAUUCUUAAAAGAGUGUCUGGGUCGAGGACUAGCCUCUUCAUGCGUUUUAAAAGCACAGCCAAGGAUGGCUUGUUGCUGUGGCGAGGAGACAGUCCACUGAGAUCCAACAGUGACUUCCUUUCCAUGGGUCUUCAGGAUGGGAAUAUCGUCUUCAGUUACAACCUGGGCAGUGGUGUGGCGAGCAUUGUUGUUAACGGGACUUUCAGUGAUGGGAAAUGGCACAAAGUCAAAGCAGUAAGGGAUGGCCAAUCAGGAAAACUGACCGUUGACGAUUAUGGUGCAAAAACAGGCAGAUCACCUGGCAAGAUGAGGCAGCUUAACAUCAAUGGACCCUUAUAUGUUGGGGGCAUGAAGGAGAUAGCCCUUCACACGAACAGACAGUACUUCGGAGGGCUGGUGGGGUGCGUGUCCCACUUCACGCUCUCCACCGACUAUCACUUGGCUUUGGUGGAGGACGCGGCCGACGGAAAGAACAUCAACACUUGUUCUAACUGAAGAACUCUUCAACAAGGUCAAGGAUCCAUCUUCAGCAGCGUUUAAAACCGGACAUCUGAUUUCGGAUCUUGAAUGUCACUCACCACCCUCAAGUCACCAAAAAAAAUAAAAAAUAAAUCCAAAGGAAUUUUGAAAUAUAUUAUAUGAUGUGAUUCCAGCCUAACAUGAAAAAAAAAAGAUUUUCUUUGGUUUUAGAAACAUUUUUGGUUCUGCAAAGUUGUGUUUUGUUUGAUUUUUCAGAUUUUCUAUCUAUACCUAGAGAAAUGACUUCCAGUCAUUAGAGGAUGUUACAUUGCAAAAAGUGCUCUCAGAAAGGAAAUGCUAAGCUGGCAAAAGGAAAACUCUUGAAGGACUUUUUUCAUGGGGUGUUUUUGAUUUUAUCUGUUUUUUCUACUGUAAAACCUGUAUUGCUGGAAGAACCAAAAUGAUCCAAAGGAUCAGAAGAACUUGACUUAGAGCAGCACACAGAUAUAGAACAGGCUCUGCUUUAUCACUAGAAAAAGUUUGUUGUGACAUUUGUAUUGUGUUUUUAAUAUAUACUUUUUUCAGUCAGUAGAGAAUUCAAUUUUCUUCAGUCAGAUUUUAUUGAUGUCUCAUUUUGAAGGUGGACGAUUAGCUGCACCUUUCGUUUUUCUGUCCUUUAGGUUUUCUUGUAUUUCACAUGUAGUCACAUGAAUGUCUGCUGCUGACGUGGUGAAGAUUAAAUCUUUGAAAACUUGUGCAA